UCUCGCCCCAGUGACAGCUCCGGAGUAGUCACUGUCGAGUCCGUCGCGUUGUUCGUCGUCGUCGUGUUGGUCGGUCGGUCGGUCGGAUCGCUCAUCCUCAUGUAAAAGUGCGUGCAAAAAGGUGCCAAAAUAUUGUUCCUAAUUCGCAAUCUGGCCUAGUUCGACCGGGAAUGGCAAUGAAUCGGUGCCAAAGUGAAUCCCUUUCAGGGCGAAUCAUCCAAGUUUGAAGAUGCAAAUCGGAUAGAGAAGGUCCCGUUAAAGAGCGAAGAAAAAGAAGUGUAUUUUUUUUCUUUCAUACGAAGUUGAGGUGUGUAGAGCAAAGCCAGAGGUUGUUUUGGUGUGUGCGUGCGAUCUGAUACUCACCUGUCAACUUUCUAUACACAUCGCACGGCACUGCACUGCUGCUGCUGUGAGAAUGGUCUAGGAGGCGCACUGUUGUCAUAUCGAGAAGCUUUUCGUCGUGGGAGCAACUGGCAACAUACUGGCCGUGCCUGGAUAUGCAUGCCCGUGGCCAAUGCAUGAAAUUUCGGAACUGUCAGGCCAGGAUUGAAAACAGAACAGACAGAAAACUGUACAGCCGACUGGACGCCAGUUCGAAUCGCGGGAUGUGUUGGAUCGGGUUGCUGUGAUCGGCACUCCAUUAAUUUUCUGUCAGUGCUCCGUCGAACGCGCGAAGUGUGAAAAAUGCGCUCGGAAAAACAACAUCGACGCUGCAGUCUUGCCAGUUGAAAUAGUUUCCAGGUUGUAGGGCUUGGUAGAAAAAAAAAGUGAGAAAAGGCAGAAGUAUGUGACGAGUUAGACUAGAUGAUUUCAAAUCACGCCCGAGGGCUUGGCUUAGGGAUGUUGUUGAGUGAGCUUGAAUCAAAAAUAAACUCAUUUCGAUUAGUGGAACUGUGAGAAAUCAAAACAAAAAAUAUUCGGUGGUGAAAUUUGUUCAACAGAGAAACAUAUUUGCAUUUUUCGUUGCAUUCUGCCGGUUCAGAUCGAUCAUUGGAUCAUUCGUCGGUGUGAGAUGUGACUUCCACCAGAGGCACUAACAAUGCACGACUUGUUCACAACGGUUCUAUCAAAGCGCGAUUUAUCGCGGGCCGGUGAACUGUUUUCCGUGGCCGAUGUUGAAAUUGUCAACGAUUUGGGUGAAGUGCUCGAGGAAAUUGCCACCAUCAUCAGUCACGAAGACUACCUCCAGAACAGUAACGAUCAGUCGGUGAUCGAGAUCUGUAUAAACCGCGUGACAUCAUGCAUCAAAAAGUCCAACACCAUCGAAAAACACUGCGCCGGGUUGGUGAGUCUUCUCGAGACCUGCCUGAAUUACAAUCUGAAGCCGUCCAGCAAAGAAACCGAUCCGCCACACGCAAAGAUUUCCUCCGAUAUUAUUUCCAGUAUUUUUCUGAACUACAACAAAAAGCAUGUGAUGGAAGUUACACUACCAGUAGCGGUGAAAUUUCUCAACAAAGGAAACUUAGAGCUAUCCCGAAACCUGGCCAGUUACCUCUCGUCGGCGGCAAUCGAGUAUUCGUAUCUGCUGUCGCCUCACGUCCAACUGAUUCUGGAAUCACUGCUGAACGGCAACUACGGCCUGUGUCACGUGCUGUCGCAAAUCUACGAUGCUGCCUCGGAUCCGAUCAACGCGGAAGCGAAAAGAUUCGUAGAAAUCAUUCCUAAGUGCGAACACCAGGAGCAGAUAGUGAUCCUGCAGCUGCUGGUUUCGAUCGCUAAAACCAAGCCAUCCUCCCUGCUCGAUAGCAUUCCUCAGUUGUUCGAACUAGCCCAUAAGCCAACAAUCUCCGCGGCCGUAAUGCUGGUGAUCCUGAAGCUAGCCGAAUUCAAACCAAUCAAGAUGAGUGAAUACACGGAAUCCGUGAAAAUCGUGGCACAAGUGAUACCUCCGACGGUUGGUUUCGCAGCACAAAUUCUCUCAGCCAUUGGAAAAUCCAGUAAAGAUCGAGCGCAGGUCGCUCUGGAUUUUGUGCUGGAGUACCUUCCGAAAGCAGACCGUCCACUGCAAACAAUUCUGCUGAACGAAGCUACCAAACUGUGCACCAAGUAUCCAGUUCUAUUCACCGAUAAGGUCACAUCCGUAGUCCGGCAACGGCAACUGAACAACAGCAAUCAGAUCAAGCAAACCGCAGCAGGGGUUACAAUAGUCAAUCUAAACUCAUCCGCAUCGAUCCCCGUCACGGCGGUAUCACCGUCGGCGGUGAUUUCCACCCCGGUAACGCUCGAUACCCGGUCUAUCAUUUCCAAAACACCGAACGUGGCCGUCAUUAGCAGCAACGGCAGUAGCACCUCGAAUGGGGCCAAUGCUGGCAGCAGUCUCGUAUCGACCACCGUCAUAAAUACCUCAAACGGAACGACCACUUCAACCAUCCAUCCGGCGCUGCUGACCAAUUUUAUGAACUCGGCCAACGGCAUACCGACGGUGAACGGUGGUGGCACCAAUCCCAUCGUUCCGCCGACUCCGCCCCAUACCGGUUACACGCGCCGUGCGAAGCUGGGUGAUUCCCGGAGUACCGGCCGGUUACACUCCGGCGGAGGUGGAAACAAAAGCAUGACUAGGUUGAACAUUGCCGGCGGAUCGGUAGGCGGUCUGCACAAAUCAAUGACGAGACUCAGUUCGUCGCAACUGAUUGGUCAGUACAAUGGCGACAUGGUAACGCUGGAUGAAUCCGGGAAGCCCUUGAACAGUGCGAGUGGUGUCAGCGGAGGUGCUGGCACAAGCAGCGGAGUCAGUGGAGGCGGUGGCAUCGAUGGAAGCAGCGCUGGCGGUGGUUCCAACUCGAACAGUAAUAUUCUGAACAGUCAUUCCAGUGGCAACGUAGCAAUCGCGUUUGCCAACAACAACAACAACAACAAGAACAACAGUACCCAAAACUUCUCCUCACCGGUUCCACCUCCUCUUAGUCAACAUGUGACCAUUACGGGUGAGAACAAAUGGGGCAUCCCGCAAACGAAGAUCACAUCGGGCGGAGUGACGGUAACAACAUCGCCAACCCGUGGUCAGAGACCGUAUUCGCAAGGUCCCAGCACACUGAUGGGUUCUACCGGUGCACUGGGUAAGAAUUCCCUGGGCGGACUGAACCAAUCCACCGGUUCCAUCGGAAUGGUUCACGUGCAUCACGCUUCACCUGCCUCACCGACUUUGUUCAACAACCAUUCCCAACAGACAUCACCACAACUGACGACGCUGUCGCUCAACUCGAAUGACGAUGCCAACAAUCAGGUUAGUGUCUCGGGACCAGCCACGGUCACAUCACGGCGGAACGACAAUCGCAGUGUAACGCUGCUAAAUGCCAGCAAUCAGCGUGUGAGCGUUUUCGAGCCGUACCCGAUGCGUGACACGAUCCAGCACUUUUGCGAGAAACAUCUGGACAAGAUCAAGGCUUUCACGGAAAGUGUUGCCCAGCGAAUACCUCCACCGGCGAAAUGCAUUAUCGAAGAACGGCGGGCAAAAAAAACGGCUAAACUGCACUUUGCCUGUCAGGUCCGGGGACCGCAUUGUCUCUACUCGAGGACUAUGUUCACCAUGCGAACACGCAACCCUCGCACUUGGAUCCAUCUGAUGUUCUUGGAUCUGCAGGCCAGAGCACCACAGAAUGCUCUCAGCAGUUGGGAUCCAAGUGUCAGCCGGUUGAAACAUUGCUGGGAUACGUUGAAAUGUGAGAACAAGACUUUCAUCACGCUAGUCACCAGUGCGUUCCCGAACUGCAAGGAACAGGAAGCGUUGGUCAAUGAACUGCGGAAUGCCGGAUUCUUCGAUGUGUUUGAACUGGGUGCCGUUAGUACACCGGAAGGGGCAAGUAGCGAGGAUUUACAGUUUCAAUGGGGUUGUUUCCUCUGUAACCAUCCGGAGAAGGCGAUGGGAUUUCUGCACGGCAAUAAUCAACCGGUCAUCGAAGGUCAACUUAAGGAGAAGAAAGGUAAAUGGCGCCUGUUUCGUCGGUGGCGCACACGAUACUUCACACUGUCGGGAGCUCAUCUGUCCUGCAAGGGUUCGACCGGUGGCGAAAGUAUCGACGUCAACCAGAUUCGUUCCGUGAAGGUCUCGCGGGGGGCGAGAAACAUUCCGAAAGCAUUUGAAAUUUUCACCGGUGAUCAGACGUUGAUUCUGAAACCGAAGGACGGUAACAAAGCGGAAGAAUGGGUCCAAUGUCUGAGCAUUGUGCUGGCACAUUCACAGGCACGCGAUAGUCCAACCGCUCGUACCAAUAGUUUACCGGCGCGAAGUAUCGGCAACAGUCGGACUGUAUUCUGAACAUAUCACACACACACACACACACAUCAGUACUUUAAACGUAAAAUCUAAAAGACUUAAAAUUUUAUGGAAUAUCAUGUACUUAAAACAAACACUACGAGAGAUAGAUUCCAUAUUGUUUAGACUACAUACUGAUAGAUGAAGGCAAACCCCUUAAAAAUGCAUGUUGUAUCGACAAUCGUCUUGAUUAGGUGAUAAAAAAACAUAAGAAACAAUAUAUUUCUAGUAGCUAGUAGCAAUAAUCGGCCAAACUCAAUCAAACAAUGUGUCAAUUUUAAAUUGAUUUCAAGUGACAAGUGACAAAUCGCAUAUCAAACUGACAGAACGGAAUGAGCUUCGGUUUUCCAAUCGAGGGAAGCUCGUUAGUUUUUUUUUUAUCUCGAGUAUACUUUUAAUCGAAAUGAAGAGACUAUUCGUUGCCUAUUUUUACUCUUGAACGUCGUGAACUGAAAACAAGCAAAACUCAGAGAAAUCGCUCAUCAUUUUGCGCUCCACCACCCUUCCAGCUAUUGACUAGUCUGUAAGUUAUAUGAACACAAACAUUUAUAUAUAUACUAAUGAUUAAGAUUCAAUUUUGUUAUGUUUUUACAUAUCUAUACUACUGUUGUCUAGAAGCGGGCGACAGAACGCGCGCCGGACAGAAUAUUUACGAUUAUUUAUUGAUGAAAGUGAAAAUAUAUUAAUCCUAUGAAAUAAAUGUUUUCCACGUGUGA